UAGUGGAAUGGGGUGACGAUGUGAAAGCGGUAUCAGAAGAUGAAGCCAUGGUGCUGGUGAACCAUCAAGCAACGGGUGAUGUCUGCACUCUGAUGAUGUGCCUUCAGGACAAAGGCACGGUUGUCCGUCAGAUGAUGUGGCUGAUGGAUCAUAUUUUUAAGUAUACAAACUUUGGCAUUGUGUCUCUAAUCCAUGGAGACUUCUUUAUAAGACAGGGAAGAGCACACCGUGACCAGCAGCUUGUGUUACUCAAGGAGCAUCUAGAAAAAUAUUACAGGAGCCGCAAUCGGAAAUGGAUUGUUUUGUUUCCAGAGGGUGGCUUCCUUAGGAAAAGGAGAGAAACAAGCCAGGCAUUUGCCAAGAAAAACAAUUUGCCAUUUCUUAAACACGUCACCCUGCCGAGAGUUGGGGCAACACAAGUGAUUCUGAAAACUCUUGUAGCGCCGCAAGAAAACGGAACUCCAGCAGGUACAGACGCUGUGAUAAAAGGUAAAGACCACUUCACUGUUGUGGAUAAAAAGCAGAUUGAAUGUCCAAGAUUUGAAUUAAGCAAAACAUUUUCUGUUGAACUGGUGUCUUUAAAUGUCAAAUACAUCCAUAAUGGACCAUCAUAUUUAUAUAAGUGCUUUCAUAUUUGCUUUUAG